GAGAAGAAAAAGGACAUGCGCCCUUUAAGCGGCGAGCUGGUGCAUUACUGUGCAACGAGCUCUAGUGCCCCCCUGUGGCAGAUGUGUGAACUUCAAGAAGCGUCACUGACAGACAGUCCAGUGCCAGGGGUUGCCACUCCAGGCGGGACUGUUCUUGGAUUUAGGAUGCUCAGACUGGUCUGGACACGGUCACCCUCAUCUACUAGAGGCUUCGGACCCUCUAGGCUGCUUAGUGGAGCUUUCUUGAAAAAAGACAGAGCUCGUAGUCAUACUUUGUUUAACAGACGGGUCUCUGAACCCACGCCCACCCACGACUUUGACAGCUACCCUAAACUUCUGAAUUUCAGGUCUUCCCAGGGUAGCUUCAGAGCACCUGGAGCAGCCUGUUUCAGUAUGGCAUCAGGGGGUGAUCGGCAAGAGACUUCACAUCCACCAAAACACACGAAUCGACUGAGCAAAGAGAGAUCCCCCUACUUACUGCAGCAUGCACACAACCCUGUUGACUGGUUUCCAUGGGGCAAAGAGGCCUUUGAUAAGGCAAAAAGUGAAGACAAACCCAUUUUCUUGUCAGUGGGUUACUCUACUUGUCACUGGUGUCAUGUGAUGGAGAGAGAAUCAUUUGAGGACGAGGACAUUGGGAAGAUCCUGAGCGACAACUUUGUUUGUAUAAAGGUUGACAGGGAGGAGAGACCUGACGUUGACAAAGUCUACAUGACAUUUGUACAGGCAACCAGUGGAGGUGGUGGCUGGCCGAUGAGCGUGUGGCUUACUCCAGAUCUCAGGCCGUUCAUUGGAGGAACUUACUUCCCUCCAAGAGACAGUGGGAGAAGACCUGGAUUUAAAACUAUACUUAUGCGGAUUAUGGAGCAGUGGCAGAAUAACAGAGAUGCACUGGAAUCCAGUGGAGAACGGGUGGUGGACGCUCUGCGGAAGGGCACAUCCAUCUCAGCUAGCCCAGGAGAAAUGCUGCCGUCAGGCCCAGAUGUUGCCAACAGAUGUUUCCAGCAGCUGGCUCACUCAUAUGAAGAGGAGUAUGGAGGAUUUCGAGAUGCACCCAAAUUCCCUACACCAGUGAACCUGAUGUUCCUGAUGUCAUUUUGGGCAGUAAAUCGUGCUUCCACUGAGGGAGCAGAGGCAUUGCAGAUGACUCUCCACACCCUCAGAAUGAUGGCUUUAGGGGGAAUUCAUGAUCAUGUGGCUCAGGGUUUUCACAGAUACUCCACAGACUCCUCUUGGCAUGUGCCCCACUUUGAGAAGAUGCUGUAUGAUCAGGCCCAGCUGGCAGUUGCCUACAUUACUGCCUACCAGAGUGAACACAGUCUCCAUGUUUCAUCAUCGAUUUCCAGUGAAAGCAACAAUGGCUGCAUGUUCCAACCUGUGUCUGGAGAGCGCCUUUUCGCAGAUGUUGCCCUCGAUGUGUUGCAUUAUGUCUCCAGAGACCUUAGCCACAAGUCUGGAGGCUUCUACAGUGCUGAGGAUGCAGACUCGCUUCCCACACCUGAGUCCGGUGAGAAGAGAGAAGGCGCAUUCUGUGUGUGGACUGCUGGAGAGGUCAGGGAGCUGCUCUCGGAUACGGUGGAGGGGGCCACUGAGGGUGCGACACAGGCUGACAUCUUCAUGCAUCAUUAUGGUGUGAAAGACCAAGGCAAUGUGGAGCUAGAACAGGACCCACAUGGCGAGCUGCAGGGCCAGAAUGUGCUGAUAGUGCGGUAUUCAGUGGAGCUCACUGCUGCUCGCUUUGGCCUCAGUGUGGAAAGACUGACUGAAGUGCUUGCCAGUGCCAGGACAAAACUGGCCGAAGUGCGCAGAGCACGCCCUCAACCUCAUCUGGACACUAAGAUGCUGGCCUCCUGGAAUGGGCUGAUGCUGUCAGGGUUUGCACGGGUUGGAGCCAUGUUGGGGGACAAGGCCCUGCUCCAGAGAGCAGAGCAGGCUGCACAGUUUCUCCGAGAGCAUCUGUGGGAUAAAGAGGGACAGCGGAUGCUGCACUCCUGCUACUGUGGGGACAACAUGGAAGUUGAGCAAAUAUCCUCACCCAUUGCAGGCUUCCUGGAUGACUAUGCAUUUGUGGUGUGUGGUCUCUUGGACCUCUUUGAGGCCACACAGACUGUGCACUGGCUACAGUGGGCUGAGGAACUCCAGCGCAGGCAGGACCAGCUAUUUUGGGAUGCCCAGGGCAGUGGCUACUUCUCUAGUGACCCUUCAGACCCCUCCUUGCUGCUGUCCCUCAAACAGGAUCAGGAUGGUGCAGAGCCCAGUGCAAACUCUGUGUCUGCACUGAACUUACUACUCCUGUCCCACCUGACAGGCAAUGAAGAAUGGAGGCAGCGCUCUCAGCAGCUGCUGACUGCUUUCACUGAUAGGCUAGUUAAGGUGCCCAUCGCCCUUCCUGACAUGGUCCGUGGCCUCAUGGCACAUCACUACCCCUUUAAACAGAUAAUUAUCUGUGGCCAGCCUGAUGCAGAGGACACAGCUGGCCUGAUUGCCUGUGUCAACUCCCUGUUUCUUCCCUACAAAGUUCUGAUAUUGGCAGAUGGGAAUACAGAAGGUUUCCUUUAUCAGAAGCUGCCUGUUCUCUCCUCGCUCAUUCAACAAGAGGGUAAAGCCACAGCGUACGUGUGUCAGGACUUCACCUGUGCCCUACCGGUCACCUGCCCUCAGGAACUCAGGAGACUACUGCUGGAGUGACAUCUUAGGAUGUGGUUUCAAAUGGGGAAAACAGCCGCUGACUUUCAGAGCUAUAAGAUGGACAUCAGAGGAAAGGGCUCUUCAGGACAGUCCAUAAUCCAUCCUCUCGUCUCCCUCGCUGCCUGGGAUGGAGCUAGGACGGAAGGAGGAUGGUCCCCUUGGAGAUCAUUACUGUGGGAGGACCGCGAGUGUGCCUCAGAUCAGAAGCCCCUUACCUUUCCCAGCUGCCUGUGUAAUAAGGCCACAUGAGGCCCCACUAUACCCAGAGUCAUUUCAGCAUCCGACUGGGGAGAUGAGGUGGCUCUAAGAGGCAGAGCAUACAGGAAUUAAAAUGUCAGUAGAUGAAGCCAGCUCUUGUGUAAUAGUGUGAAAAUGAGAAAUUUUAAAAAGAAAUUAUGGGCAAGAAAGUGAGUGGGAAAACUGCAGGUUAUAUAAUAGACAAAAACAGCUAUUUCUAGUGUAUCUUGAAUUUUGCUGGUGAAAAAAGUAACGAAUAACAAGUAAUUUGUCAAAUAUGCAAAAACCACUGCCUUGAUUUAUCUUACAUAUAACCCUGAUUUUUUACUAGCAAAUUUGGUACACAAAUCAGCUAUUGUGAAAAAGAAAAA